GUCGACACCAACGUGGAAAAUGCCCGGCGUAUGGUCAAAAGUGCAACAAGUGCCAACGUAGAAAUCACUUUGCCAGGUGCUGUAAACAAACAGUGCAUCAAGUCGAUGACUCUCAAGAUCGUGCCUCCUUUGAAUCCUCUUCAGAAAGUGAUUUUGUUAUCGAAAGCCUCGUUGCAACUGAGUCUGAAGCAGCCUCUGAGGUUCAACAAGCACUUAAAAUUGAUCCUCUCAAUAGCGACACCUCUGCGGGACACUGGUCUGUCACUCUUAAUGCAGGCAGCCAAGACAUUCCCUUCAAAAUCGACACAGGGGCCCAAGUGAACGUGUUACCCAAGAAACUCUACAACAAGUUAAACCCUCGCCCACGAAUCAAACAAACAUCAACCAAGUUGUCCGCCUACAAUGGGUCCUCCAUCCCUGUACAUGGAAAAUGUAUUGUCCCUAUUCAGUAUAAAGGACAAAAACACCACCUUCUCUUUAUCGUCGUAGCUUCACAGACCACACCCAUCCUAGGUUUGGCCACUUCAGAGCGACUCAAUCUAAUCAAGCGGGUCUACAAAAUAACUGAUACUAACAUUGAGGAAGCUUAUAGCUCCAAUAUAUCUGAAGAGUACGCUGACUGUUUUGGAGAGAUUGGCACACUCAAGUCCACCUAUCACAUGACCUUGAAAGAUGAUGUCCGUCCAGUAGUGGUACCUCCUCGAAAAGUACCGUUUGCUCUUAAAGAUCGACUGAAGAAGGAAUUAGACCGCAUGGAGAGCAUGGGUAUAAUUGAAAAAGUCGAAAAAUCCACAGACUGGGUCAACGCCUUAGUUCUUGUCGAAAAACCCAACGGAAAGCUUCGCGUUUGCCUAGACCCGCGUCCAUUAAACCAAGCAAUCAAACGCCAACACUACCGUCUGCCUACUACAGAAGAGAUAAUCUCUCAAAUGAGUGGUGCUCGAUUCUUUAGCAAACUCGACGCAAGCAACGGGUACUGGCAGAUUGCAGUCGACGACUUCACAUCAGAUCUUCUCACGUUUGGCACAGCGUUUGGCCGAUACAAAUUUAAGCGUAUGCCCUAUGGAAUUCACUCGGCUAGUGAGAUAUUCCAACUCGAAAUAUCCAAGAUCAUCGCUGGCUGCGAUGGUGCUGCCAACUCGCAAGACGAUAUAAUCGUGUGGGGUGAAACAAAAGAAAUUCAUGAUCAACGGCUGAAGAAGGUCCUAGACAAAAUUCGAGAUAGCGGAUUGAAGCUAAACCAUGCAAAGUGUAUUUUUGGUGCAACGGAGCUCACCUUUCUGGGUCACAUCAUGUCCGCAGAUGGAGUGAAGCCAGACCCAAGAAAGAUUGAAGCAAUUACCAAAAUGCCCGUUCCAACAAGCCCUGCCGAACUUCAGCGUUUUCUUGGGAUGGUGAACUAUCUUGGUAAAUUCAUCCCAAACCUAUCAGACGAAACUGCGCCAUUACGAGCCCUCUUGAAGAAAGGAACCGAGUUCUUAAUGCAGAAACCCCAAAUUGAUGCCUUUGAAAAGCUCAAGCGUCGGAUUUCAUCUGUUCCUGUCCUACAGUUCUACGACCCAAAUCUCCCAACUCGUAUUCGGACAGACUCUAGCUCUAUUGGGUUAGGUGCAAUGCUUGAGCAACGCAUAGAUGACUCCUGGCAUCCCAUUGCAUUUGCCUCCAGAACACUCGAAAAAUCAGAACAAAAUUAUGCUCAGAUAGAACGUGAAACUCUUUCAGUCGUAUUCGGAUGUGAACGGUUCCACGAAUACCUCUAUGGUCGAGAAUUUAUCGUACACAAUGAUCACCAGCCCCUAAAAACCAUUUUCUCCAAAAGCAUUGUUCAGUGUCCUCCUCGCAUCCAACGGUUCUUUCUGCGCCUACAAAAGUAUGACUUUUCAUUCGAAUAUGCACCCGGAAAGACUAUGAAGGUGGCAGAUGCCCUCAGCAGAGCCUCAUUACCUGGUCAACCGGAAAUUACCCCUGAAGAUAUUGCUCAUCAUGCUCACUCAAUCAUCAACCAGCUACCAAUCAGCCAGUCAAAACUCUCUCAGCUUCAGCGCGAAACAGCAAACGACCUAGUUCUACAAAAGCUCAAACAAUACACCGUCAAUGGUUGGCCAUCCGAUGAUAACAUUGAUAGUUCCGUGAAACCUUUCUACAGCCAGCGUCACGAAAUUGUGUACAAUCAUGACCUUCUUCUCAAAGGGCAACAAAUCGUUGUGCCAAAAUCCAUGCGUCCUGAAAUCCGAACCCUUCUUCACCAAGGACACCAAGGCAUUGAAAAGUGCAAGAGUCGAGCCCGGCAAGCAGUUUAUUGGCCUGGAAUCAACCAUGAGCUAACUGUUCUUGUCUCUCAGUGUGCAACGUGCACAAAUCAUCGCAACCGACAGCAAAAGGAAACACUGAUACCACACGACGUGCCUGACCAACCGUGGGUCAAAGUUGGUACAGAUCUCUUCAAGCUCCAUGGUCGAGACUACCUAAUAGUCGUUGAUUAUCACUCCAAAUUCUUUGAAGUAGCCCACAUUGCAAAACCCGUCGAGGCACCUGCCGUAGUUCGUGAAAUGAAGAAAAUAUUUAGUCGUCAUGGUAUCCCACAAACAGUGUUCAGUGACAAUGGCCCACAGUACACUGCCGCAUCCUUUAAACGAUUUUCACGAGAGUGGGACUUCCAGCACGACACGUCUAGUCCUCACUUCCCUCAAUCAAAUGGCCUCGUUGAGAGAACCAUCCAAACGGUCAAGAAGUCACUGAAGAAAGCAGAAGAAUCCCACAGCGAUGUGUAUCUUUCCAUGCUCGUGCUCAAUACAACCCCACACAAUGAUGGCCACUCUCCAGCCUACAAAAUGUAUCAAAGAAACCCUCGGACCACCCUUCCUUCUGGAUCAACCCAGCCACCGUGCCCGGUGUCGCCAAGGCACAAGGUCAAGCAAUCUUAUGAUCAGCAUGCCCGCAAUCUACCAGCUCUACUACCUGGCACUACAGUUCGCGUACGAACCGAUAAAGACACCGAUUGGUCAAAAAAGGGUAAAGUGGUAGAGAAGUGUAGUGAACCUCGAUCAUAUCGUAUCCUGAAUCAGCAGGGAAACGUUGUUCGUCGAAACAGACGACAUCUGCUUCCAACUAAGGAGACAUUUAAAGUUGAGAACAACGACGAUUAUGACGACCUGAAAUUGUCAAGUAGACCAUCCACCUCCAACCAAUCUAAUGUGAAAGUUAGCAGAAACAAUCCGAUAGUGACAUCUCGGUCAGGUCGACAAAUAAAGAAACCCUCAAGAUAUGCAGAUUAGAAGACACCUUCAUAAAUUAAGUGACCGUUACAUUAUAUACAUUGCAAGUUACUUAUUCAUGUUAUGUUCAUGUUGAAAAGGGAGAUGUUGCAUGUUGAUCUCCUACCACGGGACCUCCUUACGGGAGAUGGAAAUUAGGGGGAACGUUGUUGUUUACGUGUAAUGGGACACGAACAUAUAGAUAUAUAGAUAUAGUGAUAUACACAAAGAAAUGGACUAAUAUAACAUAAAUAAGAACUUUACACCUACCUCCUGCAAAUGCACGUAUUUGGCCAAGUUCUCCACUUUACUCCGCUGUUUAUCGGCGAUCUCGUCGACAUCCUACAAAAAAUGUAAUCAUCUCAGACAUAAUGGUAUCAAGAACAUUUUAAACAAGUUUCAACUUGGUUUCAAGUAGAUCAUACCUGUUUACCAUCGACAAGGUAAAUCCACAAAUUUGUCCAAAUUCGGCGCCAUUUUGUCAUCUCAUGUCGCUUUUAAGAGCGUGUGUCUCUAAAAACCGCCCACUGACUUGGGGCUCGAAAAAUAAAUUUCUUCGAAACUUUUACCGUGAACUACAUUUACUUUAACAACAAACAAAUGCUGUUUGGAAUUUUCAAAAUAUAUUUAGUUUCAAAGUUUUAGCGAUUUUUUGGUCUCGCACCGUCGCGGGAGAAAUUCGCCGGCUAAUUAAACGAAAAAAUGGGUUGAAUUUAAAUAAACAUAAUUUCAAAAGUUUUUGUUCAAAGUUUCUGAUAUUCACACCCAGCAGCGGAAGACUAUUGUAAUUUUAUCUAAACUAACUUAGGUUUUCGAUUACAGAGCAUUUGUGACAAUAUUUAGCGACAAAGAGCGCCAUGUCAAAAUACGGCUUUCAAAUCCUACUAUUUUCUACGCUGAAUUUCUUAAAAGUGGGACCUAAUUACAUACAGUGACUAGUAUGGUUGGAAAAAGGACACUUUUAAGUACAAAAAACCGUAAUAAAACUCGUCUGCAAACGCGAUUUGAACAAUUGAGAGCGUUUGAAAUUUGAUACUAUUUAUGGCCUUUUGUUUACAUUAGAAUGUUGCUGAGGUCAGACGUCUGAGUUCAUGUCACUGCUAAAAAUGCGCUGUAGUUCUGCCAAACAACCUUUUCCUCAAAUAAGUUUAUAGCACUAUUGUACUAAUCUAUGUGUCUUUGUUUAUGUCCACCGUAAGUGGUUCCAAGGGAUUUAAAAUAAUAGGCAUGUUAAAAUGACUUGACCACAUUAAUAUGCUACUCGGGGAAAAGCCCGCAUGCAGCGCGAAUUCUAUAUAUAUAUAUGUGGCACAUGCAAGCACAUGCUAUAUUUAGAGUUUGCGUUGCAGCAUACUAAACUUUGCUUAGUUCGAAAAGUCUAUAAAUUAUAAAGUUUAGUUCUGGAACCUUUCUGCGAAGUUGAUCUUUGAAUUAUAUUGCUGCAAAAUUGUAUCGGUUCAACUGUGUGCGGAGGGUGUCGGGGUGAAUCGGGUAUUAGACGCUUAGAAGAUUGUGAUGAGAACCUUCAAAACCAUCUUUCAAGUUGCCGUUUGUCGAGAUCUGGUUUUAGCGAGCGCGAGCUGAUUUUGAGAAGAGCGGGAUUUUUACAUGAAAUAUCAAGCGAAGAAAUACGCUCUAUGAUAGUAUGCCCAAACCACCAGUACAACUUGGGCCGAUACUGGAGACCUCGUCUAACAUGCCAACAUCCUUCUCACACUGCGCCUGAACGUCGCUGCAAAGGAAAAGAGGUCAUUAACCUGGAAGUAUCACGGGAUGUAUUCCAAAUUUAUGGAGUACUUGCGCAAGUUGGUUCUCGUAAGUGAUAAAUAUAGUCCAAAUUAGAGAUAUAUAAUCGCAUUGUUAAUUUGCGUGGAAGUGAGGCUGAGGGGCCAAAGCAAACGCGUAUUGGCAUACGCUUUGGCCCCUCAGCCUCACUUCCAUGCAGUUGUGAC